AUGAAAGAAGAAAGAGAAAAAGUGGCAGUUUCAAAACAAGAUGUUCAAGAGGUAUACACUUCACAACAGAAUAUUCUAAACUAUCGAAAGAAGCUAGAGAAGAGACUAGAAGAUUUGAAAUAUAAUUUAGAACUACAUGAAUCUCCUGCCUACAGAUUAUCCAGUAUCACUACUGAUGAAGGUAAUAAUGACCCCAAUGUUGGAAGAAUAGUAGGUGAGGUAGACGAUGCUUCUUCUUCUUCCUCUUCGACUACAGUUCACAAAGAUGAAAGAAUACAAGAGAUCGUAGAGGAGAUGGAAUCCACCAGAGAUUCCAUUGCCAGGUUGAUAAGAGAACAGGAUCUUGAGUAUGAAGAGUUUCUCAAGAUGGAUGUGCAGCGUGAGAAGGAGAGACAGUUGAAGAAGCAAGCGGAACUCGAUCGUAUCGCCCAGAAGAAACAGAGAGCACAAUGGCUGAGAGACAAUCUGAAAGCAGAGCCAUCUACAGAUGAGAAAAACAACAACAACUUUGCAAUAACCAACAUCUUGAUACGUUUGCCAAGUGGCGCUGCAUUGAAGCGAAGAUUUAGAACGUCGGACGUCAUUCAAGAUAUCUUGGAUUUCAUUGAUUCACAGCAGCUCAUAGACAAAGACUAUUACAUUGUUACCAAUCAUCCUAAGCAAUCUUAUAAUCAACCAACAAUGACUUUGAAUGAUGCUCAACUCUAUCCAUCAAUUACAUUAUAUGUAAUGGAGCAAUAA